UGACGUCCCGAUGAUACAUAUUAGGUUAUUAUGAAUCACCAAAAAUGGAUUCAUCACUGAAUGAAUUCGGUUCCACUGGGUUUCAGUUAGACCAUGAAAUGGUCCAGGUAUGGUAUAUACGUAGGAGGCUUACGGGCUUAUUUACAUGAACUCCGCAAACAAAUCAGUAUACUCGGCAAACAAAAAGGUUUCAAGUGUUAACCAUUAUACUUUCCGGGAUUCCGGAUGUCUUUCAUGGCUUGAAAUUUUCAUCAAUAUAGUCCGGUGUGUUUUGGAAGUAGCGCCUAGCUGAGCACAGUCAGUCACUGGUAUAGACGGGAAGUACAGACGUGACAUGUGAUAUGGUACUUUAGGCCUCAGUUCCCCGUCAUAUGCAGUUCCGCUGGCAUCAAAAUAUAUACAAGGAUCAUUUCCGUCGAUACCUUCCUCCGAGUCAAACUUUGGACUGAUAUAUCAAAUCUGUCGUGUGGAUGUCGACUGCUAGCGCCUAGCUCCCUGUUCAUGGCAUUGCUCAUCAGCCGCCGUUCGUGAAACACGUGUUCAUGAGGAACCGAUGCUCAUGAUCCAUCCUUAAACUCAUGAUGACCAGUGGACAUUCUUUAAGGAUUGGCAAAUAUAUUUGAUUAAGCUAGUGAAAUUAAAAGAACGCACAUGAAUAGCGCAGUCUCUGUCACAUCGCCUUGGCUAGUACAGGCACUUGUAUUUCCCUAACAGCUUCAAGGUACAGAUCUUAUUUUUGAAAGUUCGUAGACUCUUCUUGACCAAGUCUGAGAUAAACUCCAUGGUUCAAGCAUGGUUCAUUUUACGAUACGGCUUGUGAUUCUGUGGUUUGGUACCUGUUGGUUUGGUCUUGGUGUUCACGCCUUGGUGGAGUGCCUGCAAGAAGGUGACGAUGAUGUCAAUGGCCUUUCUUUUCUGGAUGAGACUUCGCCCCUCGUGUUCUCGACGGUGUGCGAGUAUCGCGUCCUCCAAUGCAGGAGCAUCAACUACUGCAGGAUCGAGUGGUUCUUCAACGGGAUCCCGUACGAUUCAUGGAGCUUGGGAAGGGAGUCCGACACGAAAUACUAUCUGGAAGAUCACAACCAGACCAUCAGGUUCCAUUCUACGGAUGUUGACGCAGAAGGAACGUUUACCUGUCUGGUAUCCAACGGCUUGAGGAAUAUCACCCGAAGCAUCGAUCUUGAAGUCCAAGAGGGUAUAUGGCUCAACAUGCCCACCCCGUACCAGUCAUCCAGUCUAGUGUGUAAGAACCAGACAGCUGUUCUCGGUGGGAACGCGUCUUUCUUCUGCCAGUUCAAGUACCGAAACCCCGGAGCCUUCCUCCAACACAGUUGGAGAAAGUUUAACGACACCAUCAAGGGUUACGAGUUGGUCGACUUCUAUAACGCGCCCGGUACGGAGUUCUCGGAGGGAAGCAGCAAAGACGAUGAAAUUACCACCCAAAGGAAGAGGUGUCCCGGGAAGCCUCCUAAAAUUUUGUCUACAUGGUUAAACAUCACGAAUGUGACGGAAGAGGCAUUAGGAAUGUACCAAGUACGAUGUCGGAUUGCACAGUUCGUAACCAAAGUCAACCUAACGCUCUCGCUUGCCACUACGGAAGAGCCUGUUGUUGUCACAAAUACUUCUACCGUAGUGAUCUUGGUUGUGACAAUGAUCAUCGUCGUACUCCUUUUCACGUUGUCAUGGAAACGAUAUGGCACAGACAUCAAACUUCUGUUUCAUGACCAACACGCCAAACUAGAAACAGAAGAAAUUGAUGACAAACUCUACGACGCUUACAUCGUUUCGUGCUAUGAGGGCGAGGAUAGGUCCUUUCUUGACAACAUUCUUUGUCCCAGUCUGACGGAUCACUAUAAGCUAUACAUCCACGAGAGAGAUAAAGUAUUCGGUUCUGUUGAAAGCGAGGAAAUAAUUGAAGCAAUGACGAAAAGCCGGCGAUGUAUCGUGGUAUUAUCUGCUGAUUUCUACACGCAAUCAUCGACCUCGUCAUCGCAAUCGACAUCGGCAAGUAAUCCAUCAUCAUCAACCACGCCAUCAUCUUCAGUGAAACUGUCAGAUGACAGUAUUCCAGAAAAUCAGUGGCAUUUAUUUGAACUCCAUUACGCACUGGACACCAUGCACCCACACCUCAUUCCACUCCUCUACCGAGACUCGGGACCGACUUCCUUGUCGAACACCGAUUCGAACGCAGAGCUGAUCAAUCACGUCCUCAAUGAUGUCGAAUGCAUAAAAUGGAAGCAGAAAGGAAAGUCUCGUCUGGAUGAUUGGGCGAUGAAGCAGUUGCGACUUCGACUACCGCCACGUCGACGAGGAAGCGGAUUCUCUCGUGGACAGUCGUUAUGUAUUACAAUGCCACCAUCGUCGUCAUCGAUGACGUGUCCAUCACCUGUAGACACUCAUUGUAACGUAAAUUCCAACCCACAGGUUCUGAGAUUAACAAGGACAGAGACGUCAUGGCGUGACGAAAGACAAUCUCCAAGUUCGUCCGGGCAUGAUCAACCAUCUCAAGGGUCACAAGUAUCCUCCAUGCCAUCGACGACGUCUCCGUCAUCAUCGUCCUCGCCAAUGUCCUUAUCAUCCUCAUCCGGUUUUGAAUCGUGCCCAGCCAGCUCCCUAUCACAUUGUAGUCCUACUUCAAAAUCAUCGCUGUCUUCACGCAAAUCGUCCCAAUCUUCCUCGCCUGCACAUUCUUCGACGCACUCGAUCCAUGAAUUCGAGCCUGACAAUCUGAACUCGUUCCAAGAGUAUGGAUCGAAACCCAACAGAUUUAACUCUUCUCUUUCUGUCUUCAAAUUUUUACCAAGAUCGAAAAAGGAACCUUACUUGAUUGAUAACGAAACAAAACCAGGUUACAUCUAGUAUAAUUAUGUGAACUGUUAAAAGAAAACACAACAAGUAACAAAAUUGGACAAAUCUACUUAAUAUUUAUUUUGAUCAGCUAUGCUUGUGUAAAAUGAAAUCUUGCUUAAUGAGUGAUGUUACAGAAUUUAUCAUACUUCGUUUUAUACUCAAUCAGUUUAUCCCAUUAUUGAGAGAGUUAAAGAACUGGAAGUGCAACACGCUAAAAAUGAAAGGUUCAAAUAAGCAAUAUAAGGGAUUUUCGAAUUUUACCACUAUAAAUAGUUAGAUUUAACGAUAAAUCUGUUGUUUCAACAUUAUCCUAUCAAAGGUUGGAUAUGAAAUUAGGAAACGAAUGUCACUCGUCCAAUCUUUCAACGUUAUAAUUUGAAAAGUGACAAGCCAAUGUAAAUAUUGUCUUGUAACUUCAGAGAUGUUAUGCUGGGUAAUUAGAAUGUUAUAACUACGACUAUAGGCUUGUUUAAUGAAUAUUUCCAUAGCAUAAAAUGUCUUCACCUCAACUUCAUUUGUAAUUACCUUUCCGUUUAGAAUUUAAUUAUUUUGAUUAUAUUUCUAUUUUUAGAUUUUUAUUUUGAAGAAUAACAUAUGGAUUUAAUUUAUUUUAUUAUAAAUUAUACAUGUAAUGAAUCAAACAAAUUCAUCUUAGCCUCAAAUGGUGCAUAAGAAAGCAUUGAUUGUAAGUAUUACCAAAAUAAUACUUGAUUGUCUAGCUCAUUGCUGUAUCGUUAACUCAAGUUAAUAGUGUACUGUCUAUGAUGGCGUAUGUACAAAUAGAUUAUAAUAGUGUCAAAUAAAAUGUAUCU